AACUUUACCUCUUAAGGCUGUUGCCGUCAUUGCCAAAGGGUGUUUGACCCCCUUUUUGUUGGGUCAAACAGAAGGAAACCCACCCGAAACCUUAACCGUCUUCCGAAUUUUUUAUUUUGUUUUUCGUCUUUGUGCCGGCCCCCCCCCCAAAAAACCAACCAUACGAUUUCCCCCGAGCUCCCCUAACUCCCCCGCCCCCCCAGCCGUCCCCCGCUACCGUCGUCCGCCCGACGCAGCCCAAUCCCCGCUUUCCGAGCUGGCGUGGCGACGCAAACUCACAAAUAUUUACUUCCUGUACAUCAAAAGGAAAGGGGGCCCCCCUUUCGUGGAAUGUGGCAACAUGGGUGUGUUUGACCGCGGAGUUCAGAUGCUGCUGACCACAGUGGGGGCCUUUGCCGCCUUCAGCCUCAUGACCAUCGCUGUGGGGACGGACUACUGGCUGUACUCACGCGGCGUCUGCAAGAUCAAGAGCACCAACGAGAACGAGACGAGCAAGAAGAACGAGGAGGUUAUGACGCAUUCGGGCCUGUGGAGGACGUGCUGCCUAGAAGGUUCUUUUAAGGGGAUGUGUAAGCAGAUAGACCACUUCCCCGAGGAUGCGGACUAUGAGGCAGAUGCUUCAGAGUACUUCCUACGUGCUGUACGAGCCUCCAGCAUCUUCCCCAUCCUGAGUGUGAUCCUCCUCUUCAUGGGGGGGCUCUGCAUCGCCGCCAGUGAGUUCUACAAGUCACGCCACAACAUCAUCCUCAGCGCCGGCAUUCUGUUCGUCUCUGCAGGACUGAGCAACAUCAUAGGAAUCAUUGUAUAUAUAUCAGCCAACGCCGGCGACCCUUCAAAGAGUGACUCCAAGAAGAACAGCUACUCAUACGGCUGGUCCUUUUACUUUGGCGCCCUCUCCUUYAUCAUGGCCGAAAUGGUGGGUGUGCUAGCGGUGCACAUGUUUAUCGACCGCCACAGAGAGCUGCGAGUUGGCGCACGAGCCGCAGACUACCUCCAAGGUGCUGCCAUCACGCGCAUUCCGAGCUACCGUUACCGCUAUCGACGCCGCUCGCGCUCUUCGUCCCGCUCCACGGACCCCUCGCACUCUCGCGAGGCAUCGCCGGUGGGCCUGAAGGCCUUUGGGACGUUGCCUUCCACCGAGCUGUCUAUGUACACGCUGCCCAAGGGUCAAACAGGCACCCCAACAGCGACCUAUAACUCUACGGAAAGGGACCACAACUUCCUACAGGUCCACAACUGCGUUCAAAAGGACCUCAAAGACUCAGCAGCCAACCGGCGCACAACACCUGUAUGAGAAAGGAAGGCGAACCGUAGAUUUUGGAGGAGAGUAGCAAAUGAAAAAAUGCUCCAUUAAAGAAGGGGAAACAGAAUUGGACUGGAGGGGGAAAGGGGGACAGGGAUGGAGUAGCGGAGGUGAGGUUCUGAGCUCUUCAGAAGACCUCAGAUAAUUGUUGAGUUUCUGGUUAAAAGAAAAACAACAAAAAACGUAAAGAAACAAAAUUGCAUAAAAAAAAGAAACAUGCAUGAUUUUCCCAUGAACAAUGUUUAACAAGUUUUAAACAUGUUUGAGGGGGUUGAUAAAUCAGGAGGGGGGUGUCUGGGGUCUGUGGAUCCAUGGAGUGGUAGGCUGGGCCAGACUGUCUUUAUGAAGGUUAUUAUGGGGUUUUUUUCUCUUAAAUUCCUAAUUGAAAUCUACUGGGCACACAAUUUGCCCCUUUGGCCCAGCCUAUGAAACUGCCCUUGCACUGUCAUACCACACGCCCUCUUACACACAGACACACACACACAGACACACACACACACCGUGUGGUCCCAUACACCCCACUCCUUCGUUGAGUUGGCGUUUCCUCUUGAUUUCGUUCUUUAAUCGCAUUAAACUGUGAACCUACUGCGGUUUGGGAUUCAAGCAGGGAGCAAUUCAGGCCGCAUUAAAAAGAAGAAAAAAAAAGAUCAAUAACUUACUACUGAUCAUAUAUAAAUAUAUGUUACUAUAUCAUGACUAGCCUUCCCUGGUGCAAAAAAAUAUCCACGAGAAAAAAAAGUAAAGUCACUGAAGAGUUACUGUAGUAAAACUAAAGUCGUCAUGCAAACUGAAACCAAGAUGGAGGAUUCAGCAUGACUGGUUCAUCUGUUGGACUUCUGCCUAUUCAUUAGAAAUUGGUUAGUAUUAGACACAUUAUCACAUUUUUUAUGAUAAUAAAAUAAAAAAAWAUAUAUAAAAACAUUUUGGAAGUCCACUAAAAAAGAAAAAAACCCUGGCCGCCAAUUUGUUCAGGGUUAGCAGAUGAAAAGUUAACCUUUUUUUUUCCGUUGUCGUUUUUUUCUUUUUUUAAUUGAUGUAUCUAUCUAUUUAUUUACUUAUUUAUUUUUGGCCCCUCAAAGGGGUAGCGAGGAAAUGAACUGUGGGGCGAGGGGAAUACGUUUCUCUGCAAACUUGAAGACGACUGUGGACAAUGAAACGCCACUACUGCCAAAGACACAAGGUAGUGCGUGAGAGAACACAGCUACCAGCGAGCUGAAGUGAAGUGACUCCAAAAAAAAGAAAAAACACAAAAAACAAAGGAAAAGAAACAGAAGUUAUCAACUUGCAUGCAUGCUGAUCAAAAAAAAAAAAAAA